AUGUCGCCAGCGUGGCCUCUGCUUGUCGACGAUGCUGAGGUGGCCGAGGACGGCAGUUUCGCGACAUUUGGGAGCGGUGGACAAUGGACAUGGUCUGCAGAAAGAGCGGACUGCCGCCGGCGGAGGAGAUUCGAUGGAACUCGACUUCGGCGAUGGCGUCAAUUGGAUAGAGCGGACGAGUCGGACGUUGAGGCGAGGGCAGUGGAGCUCCGAACGCCGGACCGCAGGUCGCGGUGGUCGGCGGCACCGAAGAAGCUCCAGAAGGUAAUGACCGACAGGGCCAGGCUGGUGUACUAUAUGAGCUUCUAUUUCCCGGCGGUGGGGCGAUUGGCGGAGGGCAGAGGGCGGAGGGGGAGGGCCGAGGGUCAUUUUCUCUCGCUGCCGUCUGGCAUCACCGUCAGUGUCGCCGGCGGAUAUGCGUCGGCGUCUACCCUCCCAGACGACUCUCUUCGGCCCUGCACCGCGCCAUUCAACUUCUCCAUCUCCGACGACGGAAAUUCGCCGACUUCCGCCCUCCCAACCGCACCCAAAUUUGCCAACCGGCUCGCCGCGACCGUUAUUCGCCAGGGUGUGGACCGACUCCAGCCGUGCUAA